AUGGAUAUAUAUGUUAAGACUAACACUAGUGUUCGUGCACCGAUAGGGGAUACUAAUUUCUUUCCUGUGGAAGUAGGACUCCACCAAGGGUCAGCGUUGAGCCCUUUUCUAUUUGCGAUUGUCUUAGAUGAGUUGUCAAAGUCGAUUCAGGAGUCAGUUCCGUGGUGCUUGCUUUUUGUGGACGAUAUUGUGUUGAUUGAAGAAAGUAAACAGAGCUUGAAUGCGAGGUUAGAAGAAUGGCGUGUAGCCUUAGAAUGCAAAGGUUUGAGGAUAAGUCGCUCUAAGACUGAAUACCUUUACUUUGAUUUUAGUGGAGCAGGCGAUGAGCACGACACACAGAUCACCAUUGAGGGCCAGGUGGUUCCACAGGCAACUAAGUUCAAGUUUCUAGGAUCGUUUGUUCAGAGCAAUGGAGAGAUAGACAGUGACGUAGCUCACCGGAUCCAGGCUGGAUGGUGUAGGUGGAGAACAGCCACAAGGGUGUUGUGCGACAAGAGGUUCCCUGAUAAAUUAAAAGGGAAAUUUUAUAGGGUUGCAAUUAGACCCUCUAUGUUAUACGGAUCAGAUUGUUGGUCCAUCAAGAAAAUUCAUUCACGAAAGCUAGAGGUAGCAAAGAUGAGGAUGCUAAGAUGGAUGUGUGGGCACACUAGCUUGGACAAGAUAGGAAAUAAGGUUUUUAGGGAAAGAUUAGAAGUUUUUAGUAUUUCAGACAAGAUAACGGAGGGGAGAUUGAGAUGGUUUGGGCAUGUCAGGAGGAGACAGAUGACAUACCCGAAUAGAAUAGCUGAAACACUCACUGUAGAUAGAAGCAGGAGUAGAGGCAGACCGAAAUGA